UGUUUUCAUAUACAGAUAAGAGAAUUGCGAAUGGAAGCUUGCAUCCAAUGAUUGGUUAAUAAAUCGAACAAGUUGUGACGUGAAAAGAGGUACGUAUCUUUACAGCACAAUGCCGAUGCUAAGGCAAAUCAUUUAUUUGCCAUACGAUUCCAUCAACAAGCGCGUGACAACAUUAUUAACAAGACAACAACACAUCCUCCGGGAGAGAUCACUUCUUUCUCUCCGACAAACCUAUCAAAAGAGACAAAUAGUCGCUCGUGCUAUACCUACGUCGAACAUCACAUCAACACGGCCAUGUCGCAACGGCAACAGCAACGAAGCGCACCAGCGCCCUCACAAACACAAACCGAGACCCCGACGCAAACACCAGAAACGAGAGAACAAGCGCCUCAGAUCCUGAGACUUCGAGGCGCUCAUGCGUCCAAUGGGCGAUCCGUACAGUGGGCAGAGGACGUAGUAGACAAUGAAGGUCUUGGACGCAAGAGCUCAAAAGUGUGUUGUAUCUACCAUAAGCCGAAAGCCGUCGACGAAUCCAGCGACGAGUCUUCCUCCAACUCCGACUCGGAUUCAGACUCGGGCUCGGAUCGCGACGGGGCACAACCAGCGGGCGGGAAGCGCCAGAGCUGUGGUCAUGGACACGGACACAGUCAUGGACGUGGGCGGAGAAAUAGAAAGGGAAAAGAGAAGAGAGCGCCGAGUCCGAAUGCGUACGAGAAGGUGCCCAAGCCAAAGCCCAAGGAUGGACCGUCGGAAAACAAGUCAUAGAACAACGAGGACGCCGGACCGUCGAACAAAAAGGGCAAUGCGAAAUGAGCGUUACUUAUGAUGAUAUGAGCAUAGAGACUUAUGGGUUGGGGCAUGUGUAUGUGAAGACUACUAGUGGCAUAGCGAUAUCUGGGCAAGGUUCAAGCGAACAUGAUUGCAGAAUCGUAUGGUUCAGAAUCUUCCAUCUGAGGAUUUAAUGUACAAAAGGGUAUCUCAUUGAGGGGCACUUAUACAAGGUAGCUAUCUUGCGAAUCGUAUCUCGCAAUCACUCAGCACCGUUCACAUCGUUCUUCCCACUCUCAACCACGAAAUAUCUUCCCGCUGUUUUGCCAGCCGUCUUGAGGGCAUCCCACUUCUCUGCCUCGGACUCAAUCGUCUCUCUAAGCCUCCUCGCCCUUUGAUAAUACCCUAUACGAACCUCCUUAUCCAGAGCUUCUUGCAGUUCAGUAAGUCCAAUUGUCACCUCUUGUCGAGCCUCUGUGGUCUCGUCACGGAUCGCCCGCAGGGGUUCAACUCCGGUUGUGUCCACACGCUGCACGGCGCGGACGAACUGCAAUUGGCUCUGGAGGGUAUUGAUCAUGGCAGCUUCGUCUUCGGGUGUAGUUGGCAACGGUAGGGCUGAGAGGCGGAGGAGGUGGUGUAAUUGGGAGGGCGUGAUCUUUUCUGCGGGAGCUGAAGAUGGCGAGGAUGGUAGAAGGCUUCGAACGGACCAGGUGGGUUUCUCGAGGAUCGAGGCGGCGGUUGAUGAGUUUGUUGUUAUGAGCCGAGUUAUCAAAGGUCUUGUAGAAUGUGUGAUGCUGCGCCGAAGGGCAACACGGCAGGAUGUGCAGAUUGUCAUGGUACGUAGUUGGCCUGAUCUGUCGAUAUGGAUCUAAUUUCUGUGGACUUUCGAUCAAGGUUUUCUUUCUGCGUAUGGCGAUCUGUCAAUAGAGUCUUGUAAUGGAUCUAUAUCUAAGGUAACUUUGAUCCGUCUUAACCUAGAUCUUCUAUGCCCAAUUCUGAGGAAUAGCGACAACGUGGGCCCACUAAAAAGACC